CACGCCCCUCACGGCUACCAGAGUAGUUCGGGAGUCCAGAGUACACGGCUGGUAGAUCGGAGUCAGCCAUCCCAGGGCACCGGAGCAUGACAGGAUUCUGGAGCAUUCUGGUGUUCUUGUUCCUGAAGCCGAGUCAGAUAGUUAUUGGAAACCAGGGUAGCAUUGUAGGAAGUUGCCCUUGUGACGUGAAGGUGAUUGAUCCCCCGAAUCCUACACAGUGGCGAUUACUCCUUACUAAUCUACAGGGAUAUGAAAGCUGCCACAACUACAUAAGGUUCCGCCUACCCAGAAGAACUCUGUGUUCAAGCUCCAGAAACUCCUGGGUCCAGAAGCUAAGGACUUGCUUUGACAAACAAGAAUGUGGAUCCGCCAGGACACACCAGUCUGGAAAUCAGGGCACCCAGGAUGAUUACCCCACUACCAGGAUCCAGACCCCUAAACCCACUGGACUGGACCGAUCACCCCCAUUCAGCACCACUAUUGAUCCAUUCUCCCAGACCAACCAGUCAACAACAACCCAGCCCAGAGGAAUGAGGAAUAGAUAUCUCAAUGAUACCACCAGUGCCCCUCCAAAGAACAGCAGCAUCAAAAACUUGAAGUGGGCAGCUAAAAAGGGAAAAAUGGACCAGCAGGGUACCUCUGCCACCAUACCUGUUCUGUGCCUACUUGGGGUUGUCUUUGUCCUUACUGGAGCUCUUGCUUAUGUCUUGUGUCAGAAGCGAUUAGCUGUAGAAUGUCCAAAUCAGCACCCCAAAGGUAAACAUGGGAUCCAGGUAUUCUGGUCCCAUAAAUCUCAGUUGCAUCAAGAAACAAGGGAAUCUGCCCUUCUAGACUCAGCUCCCUUUCUAGCCCCUAGUCCUUCUUCUCAGAGGCUGCCUAGUAUACUAUAAAAAACACUGAAUUUAGAGUUGGAGGACCUGGGUUAAGUCCUGGCUCUGCCAUUAUGUGACUUUGAGCUUCCAUUUCCUCACUGUAAAAUGAGGGCCUUGGACUAGAUGACCUCUAAAGUCCUUUCUAGCUUAUAUGAUGCUAUGAAAUAAUUUCCCCUUUCUGGGCCUCAUUCUCAUCUGUACAACAAGGGAUUUAAAGACCUUCCAAAUCAAAAUCUUAUAAUCUAAGUGGCAGAACCAGGAGCUGAAGUCAGGUUUUCUGACUCAGAGUACAGUGCUCUGUCCACAGUCUCCUAUCAAUCACUUUAAGAAAACUCAAUUGAGAUCAUCCUUACUGGUUAAGAAGCACCUAAGCUAGUUAGUGACACAGUUAGGUCUUCUAUGAUUAUGGUCCUCUGACUUUGAAUUUAUAGCUUUAUCUUGAGUGGCACAACAAUCACCACAUUCUGAGUGCCUACUGUUUGCACAGCACUAUUUGGGCCUCUGAGAAUUCAAAGAAGCCAUAAGACAAGUCUUUGAUUUUGAGAGUCUUACUACCUGAUUGAGCAAACAGGAGAUAUCCCUAAAAAAGAUACUUAACAGUACAAGGAUUAGCCAAGUGUCAAAUGGUAGAGGUAGUCAACAUAGCACAGAGGGGGCCAGUUGUGAAAGGCUCCACACAUGACUUGAGAAGGGCUUUUGAGAUGGCAUAGGACUUAGAUAAACAGAGAGUAGGCCCGGAAACAUUCUAGGAUGGAGGAAUUAUUUGAACAAAGACACAAGACAUGUUCUAAGAGCCAUUAAUAGACUUUGCUAGAGCAGAGGAAAGGAGUGGUGGGAAAUAAAGUUGGAGAAAGAGGCAAGGCCCAGAUUGUAUAGAGUUUUGUUGCUAGUUCCAUAGCCUUCAGGAAUACCCCUCGAUACACAUUGCCCACAACUCCCAUUCUCUUCAGGGGUCCAGCCUCCUUUAUCUCUCAUCUUUUUAGAUUUUGAGCUGAUAAUCCCUUGUGAGGCAGAUCCGCCUGACUCUUGAUAUAAGCAAUGCUUCAGCCAUCUGUAAACAGCUAGGCUUUUCUCCCAAGGCAACUAUUCUACAAUAAUAUUUGCUUCUCCCAUUGAAUCUGAAGAUCUGGUAUUAAUUUCAUUAAAUGUGAUUGUUUUCUAA